AAAUAAUUUCCAUCAGAUUAAACGUGAACAUUUCCACUGCCAGACAAACAGAUCAUUGUAUUUAAUGAACGUGCAAUGCAGCAUAACCUGCAGGCACAAUAAACAGGCCUGAUUAAGCAGGGUCAUUAUUGCUCUCAACUCUCUCCGUCGCACGCAAACACUUCACCAUGAGCCUGCCGCGCUAAUUUGAGGGAGCCUCGCUUCAAUAACUGAUGCGUCAGCCCUCGGCAGGCAAAGAGUUAACUCGGUCAGCCUGUUGUUCUCCCCUCCGUCCAACCGGGCGGCGUCGCUAAGGGAGAAGAGGCUGCGCUUCAGGAGGCGCAACAGAUCCCCAGCUGGAAAACGAGCUCACAUCUGGCGCGCAAGAACAGCCGCUUUUUUUCCCUGGCGCAACCUGUCCAUGCGUAGUUCCUCUGAACUGGAUCAGCUUUCCUGGGUGUGAGUGAGUGAGUGAGGAGGAAAGUUGACCGGGAUUAGAGCUGGGGGGUGGGAUUUGGUCUAAAAAGAACUGAUUUGUUUUGGACAGGGUGCGUCUGCCGUGCGUAAUAAGCCAACUGCUUAUAAAUAAGAAUCACCUGCAGAAUAUGGAGAGAUCAGUUGCAAACAUCUGAGCCGACACAGUGAUAUUUCCCACAGGUGGUUUCCUUCACUUUUUUCCUCGCUGCAAAAACUCGUGGGUCAUCGGCUCUGACUCUUAACAUGAGGACGCGCCUUCUCUCAACCUUGUGAUCGUUCCUCUCCACAGGCGGACAGCAGCGGGAAGCGACACGCUUCCAAAUGAUCAGCUCGGUGUGCGUUUCGACUUACCGAGGGCGCAAGUCAGGAAACAAGCCUCCGUCUAAAUCAUGUCUGAAGGAGGAGAUGGCCAGAUGCGAGGACUCGGAAAAAAUCAUCAUUAACGUCGGCGGCACCCGGCAUGAGACCUACAAGAGCACCCUGCGGACCCUACCGGGGACGCGUCUGGCCUGGCUGGCCGAACCUGACUCCCAGGGCUGCUGCUCCGAUUCGGACGCCGAGCUCCCGAGCGUCUCAGAGUUCUUCUUCGACAGACACCCGGGCAUCUUCGCCUACGUGCUCAACUACUACCGGACCGGGAAGCUGCACUGUCCUGCGGACGUGUGCGGCCCGCUGUUCGAGGAGGAGCUGGCCUUCUGGGGGAUAGACGACACCGACGUGGAACCGUGCUGCUGGAUGACCUACCGGCAGCACCGGGACGCGGAGGAGGCCCUGGAGAUAUUCGAGCCGCCCGACCCGGAGGACACGGACGACGACAGAGACACGCCGAGACGGUUCGGCAUUGAGGACUCCAGCGACAGGUCCAGAGGGUGCUGGGAAGUUUGGCGACCCAAAGUGUGGGCCUUGUUUGACGACCCCUACUCAUCCAAAGCAGCCAGGGGAGUUGCGAUCAUCUCUCUCUUCUUCAUCCUGCUGUCCAUCACCACCUUCUGCAUGGAGACCCAUCAAGCCUUCGAUGUACUACAAAACUUCACAGAGCCUGUCACCAAAGGAAACAUCACAGAAUACGAGAUUAGGACCGUGAAUGUCACCAACCCAAAGCUCGUCAUGGUGGAGGGGGUGUGUGUGGUGUGGUUCACCUUUGAAUUCCUGGUUCGAAUCAUCUGCUGCCCAAACAAUCUGGCCUUCGUCAAAAACACACUCAACAUCAUCGACUUUGUGGCCAUCCUGCCGUUCUUCCUGGAGAUGAGUUUGAGAGGUUUGUCGUCCAAAGCGGCCAGCAACGUGCUGGGUUUCCUCCGCGUGGUGCGCUUUGUCAGAAUCCUGCGGAUCUUCAAGCUCACGCGCCACUUUGUAGGUCUGCGUGUGCUGGGCCACACGCUGAGGGCCAGCGUCAACGAAUUCCUGCUGCUCGUGAUUUUCCUAGCCCUGGGAGUGCUGAUCUUUGCCACCAUGAUUUACUACGCCGAGCGCAUCGGCGUCACCUACAACCCCGGGAUUAAUAACCACUUCAAAAACAUCCCCAUCAGCUUCUGGUGGGCAGUGGUCACAAUGACGACGCUGGGCUACGGAGACAUGUAUCCACAGACGUGGCUGGGGAUGAUGGUGGGAGCGCUGUGUGCGUUGGCCGGCGUGCUGACCAUCGCCAUGCCGGUUCCCGUAAUCGUCAACAACUUUGGCAUGUACUACUCGCUGGCCAUGGCGAAGCAGAAGCUGCCAAAGAAGAAAUCGAAACACACCCAGAACCCACACGUACCGACCGACUCGGCCUCGUUUGUGAAAUCAGAAACGAACUCACACAUAGACAGCACUCAGAGCGACACGUGUCCGCUGGCAGCAGAGGACAGCAGCAGCAGGAAUCGCUCAGACUCCAAACAGAAUGGUGAUGCGAAUGUGGCCCUUUCAGAUGAGGAAGGCUGCAGUCUGACCCAGCCUCUGUCCCCCAGUGAAAAGUGGUCCAUGCGGUGCUCCAGAGGAAGAGGCAAGAAUAGGGAGGGCACCUGCUUUCUCCUGACAUCUGGAGAUCCCAACAUCCAUGUUGAAGGCUGUAAAGAUAUUCUCGGUGCCACUGGAAACUACACUCAGCCGGAGGUCACCACUCUGACCUGAUGAUUUGCCUGAAUAAGGAGGAAACGUGAAGUCUGCUGCGGCGCUCGUUGGGUCCAUGCUGUUCAACUAGACGGCAGAGCCAGUUGUUGUACUCCAAAAUUAAUCUUUUUUUUUUUGUUUACUCACAUAUUUAAAACCCUGUAACAUAUCUGAUCAACAGAAGAUAUGUACGAUCAUAUUUGCGAAGCACUAUGCAUGUAAUGCAUGAUCUGACAUUGUAGUAGAGAUGGACCAGUAUACACUUACAAUGUGCUGGACAAUAUAGCUGCUUUCAAAGGCCCUGAAGACAUUUAUCGCUCAAUCUUGUUAUGCGCUGUGGGGUAUUGGAGUCUAGGAGACAAUUCUCGCUUCAAAAUAACUUAUUAAUUUCCUUUUUUUUUUCAACUCAAAGUAGUAAAAGCCUAAGUUGUACUAUCCCUAAACGACAAAUUAUAUUACCACCAGUACAGUGGUAUUACACAAACAUAAAUAAAAUCACAGCUGAUCAAACAAAGAGAUAAACACAAAGAUUUGGAAAGCACCAACAGUUUUGUCAGCACAUAUUACUUCAUUUUUCAGAGAGGAAAUACAUCAGAUUCUAAAAACUGAUGUUACAAACUUAAAUGCAGCAUUUAGAAAAAAGUCGACCAGCCGCCAACUUUCGGUGUCUUGAUGGGACAAAUAAUUUAGGUGUUAAACACAAAGCAAGAAACUUAGUAAUACAACAAUUUACAUUCCAAACAUUUCCUGUUCUUAUAGUGAUUUCUAUUUUUUUCAUUAAUCAUGUACAUAAUAUAUAGUUAAAGAUCUUCAAAACUCAGUCACUGGGAUCACAGCCAAUACAGUAAUAGGUGCACACUCACCCAUAUCAUGUCUUAUUAAUUUUGGAUUUUAAAUGAUUUAUUUGAACUGCUAAUUUGUCCUAGUGGAAUGAUGAUACAACAUACAACUUCAGCUAAUAUUAAAUACAAAAACUAGGUGCAUAACUGUAAUUUUAUAGCAGAUUUUCUGUAAUCCAAACUAGGUCAAAACACAAACAGCUCAAAUAUAUACGCACGCUCCAACUAUUUGGCUAUAUGCCUUUUGAUCAGUUGCACGAAAAAGCUUAACAAGCUUCUGGUUGAACUCUGACUGGAGAUUUGAUCACUCUUGUUGGCAUAAUUGAUAGAGUUGAAGAUUUAAAAUUGGUUGUCUUAUGGUUGAGAAUCAGCUUUUAAGCAGAGUCCACAAAUAUCUUACUAGCUUGAGGUUGGGCUUUGGACAGCUAUUUCUAAAGCUUAAGUGUAAUUCACCCCAAAAUAUAAUUUUUUGCAAACAAACUGUAUAACCUGGGCCUAAGAAUGCUACUUUACUGUUACCGUGCAUUUUAUUUUAU